AAGAUGACAUGUGAAGAUUCGAGAGCGGAAUCACGAGUCAAUGAACGACAUUGACUUGAACCCUUGUCCUGUCUUGUGUCUCUUGGCACAAGUCAUUCAACGGAGAUCAAGAUAAUGGAUGGUUAAUUAUGUGAACCAUCCUCUCCAUGUGCGUUCUUGCAGCGUUCAUUCGGAAUGACACAUAUUUUCGCAAUCAUUUAGAGAUAUUGAGAAAGAGUUACGACAAGCUGUGCUACCACGUAAAAAAUAGGCCCCAGUGAUUGUUCUCAUCCUUUAGACCUCUCUCCGAUGGACUAACCUUGUUGGAUGUGGAAGCGAGCUCCUCUCAAAACCACCAUGAAGUGAGUGGCUUGAGUAGUACACACUCCAGGAUCGUGUGUGUUCAAUAGACUUGAGUGAAGGGCCGUCCUCAGUUGAAGACAAGAGUGAGCAAGGUAAAGAUCUCCUGCCGAAAAAGAGAAACUACUAUUUUGAUUGAGCACAGGAAGUGUGACACAGAAUCGUGAAAACACCCACCCAAUAGACAUCAUGAGAGCGUGGACGAUAUUUGUACUGUUGUUGUUUGGGUAUGCCGUAUUGGCAAGACCCAAUCCGGAGGAAUCUGAAAACAUGGCAAUUGACCAAGAAGACAACUUGAAAGAGGCCAUUGAAGGUCCGGCUAAGGAGUUGCCCGUCAUUCCUGAUUCGGAGAAACUCCCGGUUUGGGAGCUGCCCAUGGAACAUAGGCACAAUGUCCAGGGUAGUCUGACCCUUCCCAAUACAAUGGACAUUGAACCCAGUGUUUAUGACCAACUGGGAGUGGACCUUUUCUUCUCUAUGUGGUUCGUGUUCCUCAACAACGAUGUCAAUAUUUCAGAUGAGCCUUUUACCAUUUUGGCCCCAAUCAACUCAUCCAAGACCACGCCCGAGACCUUGCUAAAAAACGAGGCCUUGGCGGAAGAAGUGAUUGCCAAUCAUAUCGUUUUGGGUGAAGAGGUCAAGCCAGAGAGUCUGAUUAAGAAUGUGGACAAAUUGACUAUCGGUGGAUUACCUCUGAAGUUUAAAAUCGAUAAAAAUGGAGAAUUGUGGGUGAACGAGGCCAAAAUUAUCGGCUGGACCAAAGUGAAGAACGGAGUGAUCUUCGCCGUGGAUGACUACCUAUUUACCAAGGACAUUAAGGACAAAUUGGAUAAAGAUGCCUCGUCGGAAGAAGUUUUAAACAAUGAGAUAUCUCAGGAUAUAGAGAAUGGCAAGACAAAAGCUAAAACAACCACUAAAACUCCCACAACCACCACCACUACUACUACCACUAAAACGACUACAACAACAACCACUGUUACGACUACCACCGUUUCCACCACGACAACCACCACCACUCCAUUCAUUCCUCCUGACCAUUGGGUAAAGCAUGAAAAAUGCCAUCCAGUCGGGGACAAUGGUCCAUUAUUCAAGAGCAUUGUGGUCUGUGUUGAAGAGUUUGUGGACCCAGCCACGCUUGACGGCAACGUUGAUACGAACAAAGUCGUCAGAAAGUCUGAAAUCGUCCAAGCUCCCCAAUUACGGACAGUAAAUGAGGAUAACGAAUCGAAAUUACCGGCAUUCCUCCAGGACAUUGUGGACGUUCUCAGUGUCCUUCGAUUUGGAUCCAAUGACUUUCUAGAAUACAUUCAAAACGAUGCGAUAUCGCAAGAUAUUAGUGAUGAUACAAAUUACACCGCGAUUAUUCCGUUUGAUGAGGCCUUCCGUGCCUGGACUCCAAUCGAUUGGGGAUUCAACCCAUUUCGGGUGGAUAAUUUCAUUCACGACACGCUCCUCAAUCACUUCAUUGUCGGGAGCGUCGAUCAAAACACUGUCGAAAAUGGCGCGCAAUUCAAGACUGUGGGCGGAAAAGACAUCACGUUUUCAAGAGUGGAUGGAAAACUCCGGGUGAAUGAUAUCGAACUCGUUGAAGGUGGAACCCCAGUCCCACAUGGGGCAUUGCUGUUUAUCAACGAGCUGCUCUUUGUGGACAACGAAAUGGUCAAGGAACUUGAGCAAGAUCACGGCUAUCUCGAAUCCGGUCCUCUUGUAAUUGAGCCUUGGAGCGAAUCGCAGUUCUUAUCCCACGUAUACAGUUUCAUUGAAGGAAGUGAAGAGUACACAUACAUGACUGAGUAUAUGAACAGCACACCCGAGAUUGGAGAAUUUGCACCUGGUUUCACCCCUACUAAACUGGAGGAUGGAUAUACGUACUUUGUUCCAAGAGAUGACGCAUUUUGGCGUCUAUUUGUUAAGGAUGCCACAGCUCCGGAUCCUUUCAGGUUGGACGACAAAUUCCGGCUUGAGACCUUGAAAAGCCACUUGGUCGCGGCAAGAACCUUUCCAAAAGAUGUUGAAGUCGGCCAUAUAUUGACAACUACAUCAGGAAAAACAUUAACGGUCAUCGAAAAAACAGGAGAAAAUAUAACUUUUAAUGACGGCCGACAAGAGAUCCACACAAUAGGAAAAGGCGAAUUUGUUUACAAUUUGGGCACCAUUUUCUACGUGGACAAAGUUUUAUUCACUGAAGCCAGUGAUGUAGUGGCAGUCAUGGAACAGUUCGCUAAUGAAGACAAAGAAUCUGUUGAGGAAGAUGAACCCGUUGAAGAUUUCUCCCCAACCACUGACGACGCGGUCGACAAUGAAAACGAAAGCAGAACAACUGGUCCAGUCAAAGAAUUGCUCUUCAAUUACGAGGCAGUUAAUGCUCUCAGUCGGGAAGAGCCUUUAAAAGAGGAUUUGGAAAUGGAACAACCUCGCAAGAACCGUAAAGACACAACAAAAGAGGGCGAGGAAGAGUCAGUGGAUGUGUCCACGGGCGAGGUUAAUUUCCCGGUUUUUGAAGAUCCCAAAAACUUGGAAACAAAAAUCAUGUUUGUUAACAAUCAAAAGAUCGCCAUCAUCAGGCAAAAAGAUCGAGAGGCUCGGGCUCAAGGAACUUGACAAGUGACUGACUCCCUUGCCUCCAAAACUUUCUAGUUCAAGUGUUUGUAUAUCAUUAAUGUUUAAUGAGCAUGACCAUCCCCAUCUGCCAACACCCUCAACUUGCCCAUGGGUUAUAGAAAUUGAAAGUCAAUGUAAAUUUAUCAAAAUACUUUCCUUAAACCGUCUUCGUUUUUGCUUCGUGAAUGAACAACAAUUAAAAGUCACUCGGUUAAGAAA